GAACAUUGAACCUUAAGAUUUUGUAAAAUUGAAGGACCCAGAAUUCACUCCAAAUAGCAAUCUACAUCAAAUUGAACCAGAACGUGAAUCCAGUCAACCAAGAUCACAUUCUCCAGUUCCUGGGAUCCCCGUUGAUAACCAUUCCUGUGCAUUCGAUCCAAACUAUAUCAUAGACCAGUUACAUUAGAAAUUACAUAUGACAAUGGCUUCUCGUCGCAAAGAACCUACCCCAACUGAAGCCGAUUCAGGCUCCGAUGUCGAGUUGAAUUUCAGCUUCAACUAUAAACCAAGCACGAGUAUACCGCAGGCUAUGGAAAGCAUCGACAGAUGGAAAUCGAAGCGGACCGAGAUCCAGAAGAGCAUUGACAAAGAUUAUACUGAAAAGUUAACUGGCCUAAGGAAUAAGAUUAAGAAGCAUUAUCAUGACGAGACACAGAAAAUUUCCAACCAUAAUCUGCAGCAAUGUCAACGACUAAUAGCAGCGCUCGAGAGGCGGGUAGCUUGCGAAGAGAAGAUCAGCAAGCGGAUUGACUCGCUGCGAGAUGACUGUGCCCAUAUGGCUAUGUUGAUGGAUGCAAUCUAUGCCGGUCGCAAAGAAGCCGCCGCUCAGUUAGCAAAAGUUGCCAACCCUAGCCAACCCAAAACUAAGUAGCUAUUAUCAACCCCACCAGCGGACGAAAUGAAGUAUUUAGGUGGCUUGAAGUUCGUGUAGAGAAAGGAGACGAAAUAGUCUAAAACUCUCGAUAUGUUACUACUAGCAUCGCUACAUGUUGU